AUGAGAAAGCUGACAACCACAGAAAACCAACGUCUUGGAACACCAACUUCCAAGUCCAGUUAUGUGUCCUGUGCAAUGGGAUGCCCUUAUGAAGGAAACAUAGGACCAGCUAAAGUUGCAGAAAUUUCAAAGAGGCUAUAUAGCAUGGGUUGCUAUGAGAUUUCGCUAGGCGACACGAACGGAGUUGGGACAGCUGGCAGCAUGAAGCAUUUGUUGGAAGCAGUUCUAAAGGAGAUGCCAAGACAUGCUCUUGCAGUUCACUGCCACGAUACAUACGGACAAGCCUUGGCCAAUAUCCUUACAGCACUGCAGAUGGGAAUCAGCACUGUGGACAGUUCUGUUGCAGGGCUUGGUGGAUGUCCUUAUGCUGUAGGCGCCUCAGGGAAUGUGUCCACUGAAGAUGUCCUGUAUAUGUUAAAUGGAAUGGGUAUAAAUACUGGAGUGGAUCUUCACAAAGUAAUGGAAGCUGGCAAUUUCAUCUGCAAAGCUAUGAACAGAAAGACUGCUUCCAAAGUGUCUCAAGCUUGUUUCAAUCCAUGCUGAGGAUGCAAAACCUGCACGGACUGCUUUUGUAUUCUUUAACAUAUAUUUAUAUAUAUAUAUAUAUAUAUAUAUAU